UCAACCUCACUGUAUGGCUUUGAGAAGAAGGAGACACCCUUAAUACAGUUUAAACAGCUGUUUGUUUGGCUGCCGCAGCUGGAGGGCUACACUUUAACAUUUUACGGGAAGCUCGAAAGUUUUUAUUUAUUUUUUGGAUGUAAAACAUCACGAGUGGCUUAACAAAAGUCUGCAGUGUGUCGUCGUCGUCUGCUCAUCAUUCAGAACCUCUGCCGUCUGGAAAGACACAGGUGUUGGAAUGAACAGGUCCAGGUCCAGCUGGGAUAAAAAGACCUCCCAAGCUUCAGUCACCAGGAUAACCCGCAGCUCUCAGGCCAGGCACACCAAUCACAUAGAGCCCCCGGACUCCGGGCCGAGCCUGUAUGGAAAACAAAGGAGGAAGCAAACUGAUUCGGCAUUGGCUCAGAACCUCAGUCAGAUGAGUGUGAGUGGACAGGAUGCUUUAUUUACAGGUAAAGGAAAGGUUCCCAAAGCCAGCAGUGAUUCUGUGCCGGCACCUCAGCCCUCUGCACCAAGAUCUGAUCAGGCUGCUCCAGCUUCGCCCGCUGUUAAGUCAUCAUCCCGGGGAGGCCUGGCAUCUGUGGCUCGGCUGGUGAAGCUCGGCCGCUGUAAGAACGUAGUGGUGGUGGCUGGAGCAGGAAUCAGCACAGCAAGUGGGAUCCCAGACUUUAGGACUCCAGGAACAGGUCUUUACGCAAACUUGGAAAAGUAUAACAUCCCAUACCCAGAAGCCAUUUUCAACAUCGACUACUUCUCCAAUGACCCGCAGCCGUUCUUCUCCUUGGCUAAGGCUCUGUAUCCUGGCAGCCAUCGUCCAAACUACAUACACUACUUCAUCCGCAUGCUUCAUCACAAAGGCCUCCUGCUCCGAUUGUACACCCAGAACAUCGAUGGACUGGAGAAAUUGUGUGGCAUCCCUGAUGAAAAACUCGUAGAAGCUCAUGGAAGUUUUGCCACUGCUUCGUGUCACCUGUGCUACACUCCUUACCCCGCUGAGGAGGCCAAGCGUGCGAUAAUGAAUGACAACGUCCCCAUAUGCACAUUUUGUGCCGCAACGGUCAAACCGGAUGUUGUGUUUUUCGGAGAGGACCUUCCUCAGAAGUAUUUCCUGCACACUAAAGAUUUCCCAAAAGCUGACCUGCUCAUCAUUAUGGGCACGUCUUUGCAGAUUGAGCCAUUUGCCAGCUUGGUGAACACGGUGCGCUCCACUGUGCCACGUCUCCUCCUGAACCGACAUGCUGUGGGUCCCUUUGAGAAGGUCCCGCUCCGGCGAGGGGACCACAUGGAGCUAGGAAACCUGGAGGAUACUGUGCGGAAGUUUGCCGAAAUGCUCGGCUGGAACAAUGAGAUCGAAGAGCUGAUGAGGAACCAGGAAACACUGACCAUCCCAGCGUUGGUAAGCAGUCUGCCAUCACAGACAUGUCCGAUCAGAGCAACAGCAGAGCCUCAAGGCAGGACGGAGACAUCCAGGUCCAUACCAGGAGCUCAGAGAGCAGCAGGCAGCGGCGGCGAGGAGACAGAUUCUGAGACGGACAGCAAGAGCUCUGCAUCGUCCACCCUAAGCAACUAAAUAUUACGACACUUGAAGGAUUUUGAAGUUUCCACUAUCCAUAGUUCACAUGGCAGACUGUUCUGUUAACUGUAACUUCUAAUCAGAUUAUUUUGAGUCUUACCUCUUCAUCUAAGAGCCAGUAUGUGAUGUUUGAAUCAUGGUUAUAUGGACACGUCAAAAGGUUAAUCAAGUUCAAACAGCAUCCAUCAAGAACACUAGUAGACAUUUGAGCCUUGUAUCAAAAAAUAUUAAUUUUAAGGUGUUAAGUCAGUGUAAUGUGUUAAUGUUUUAUAAUCAGUAUAACACUGUCUUUGAGA